GGGCGGAGAUUGGUAAAGCGCAGCUUAAACGCGCAUUACGGUACAACGUUGGACCAGAUUCUGCAGCCAUCGCCGCAGAAGCCGAGCAUCCCAUUGAACAGGAGCAUCGCAGCCAUGGCCAAGGAGCGGCCGGAGAAAGCCGAGGAGACGGAGCAGAUGAUAGAAAAAGAAAUCGCCAAGGAGGCCUUGGAAGGAGGAGGAGGAGCAGGGGACGGCAAGGAUAUGAGAGCCGUGCUACUUUCGGGGUUUGGGGGUCUCAACAAGCUACGAGUGGCCCGGAAAGUGAUGCCUGAACCCCAGGAGGGAGAGCUGAAGAUCCGGGUGAAAGCCUGUGGUCUCAACUUCAUCGAUCUGAUGGUUCGACAGGGAAACAUUGACAAUCCUCCAAAAACACCUCUGGUUCCUGGCUUUGAGUUGUCUGGAAUUGUUGAAGCACUAGGAGGAACCGUUACCGGCUUUGAGAUAGGCGACCGUGUUAUGGCUUUCGUCAACUACAAUGCUUGGGCAGAGGUCGUUUGUACUCCGGCGGAAUUUGUUUAUAAGAUUCCGGAUGACAUGAGUUUCUCAGAAGCUGCUGCGUUCCCGAUGAACUUUGUCACGGCGUACAUGAUGCUGUUUGAGGUAGCCAACCUCAGAGAAGGGAUGUCUGUGCUGGUUCAUUCUGCAGGCGGAGGGGUGGGUCAAGCCGUGGCACAGCUCUGUGCGACCAUUCCCAACGUUAGAGUUUUCGGAACAGCUUCAGCCUUUAAACACGAGGCCAUUAAGAAUUCCCUCAGCCACAUUUUUGAUAGAAACGCAGAUUACGUCCAAGAAGUGAAAAGAAUCUCCCCAGAUGGAGUAGACAUCGUCUUGGACUGUUUAUGUGGUGAAAACACCGGAAAAGGAAUUGGUCUCCUGAAGCCACUGGGAACAUACAUUUUAUACGGUUCAUCGAAUAUGGUUACCGGGGAAACAAAGAGCUUCUUCAGUUUUGCCAAAUCUUGGUGGCAAGUGGAAAAAGUGAAUCCAAUUAAGCUGUAUGAAGAGAAUAAAGUGAUGGCUGGAUUCUCGCUCUUAAACUUGCUCUUCAAGCAGAACCGUGCCCCGGUCAUUAAAGGGGUGAUGGAUAAGCUCAUGGUUUUGUACAAUGAGAAGAAGAUCAAACCGUUGGUUGAUUCCUUAUGGGCUUUGGAAGAGGUGAAGGAAGCAAUGCAGAGAAUCCAUGACAGGGGAAACAUCGGAAAGCUCAUUCUGGACGUGGAAAAGACUCCAACCCCUCUGAUGGCUAAUGACAGCACGGAAACCAGUGAAGCAGGAGAAGAAGAGGAGGACCACGAGGGAGACACUGAGAAUAAGGAGCGCAUGCCUUUCAUCCAGUGAUGGCAUGCGGACAGUUGAGACGAAGGUUUGGAAGACUGGAAACCCAAUUCUGUGCAUCAGUGAACAAGCUUGCUGUAGUACAGUGUGUGUUGUGUUUGUCUGCAGUCAGCUGAGCUGUUGAACAAUGUUGUCGUUUAUGACAUGGCGGUGAAUGGCUGCUUGGCAAAAUUUUAGUGAAGUUGGCAUUGUGUGGUUCUAGCUUGUGGUAGCUUAUCAAGUUUUGAUCCCGGUAAAUCAUUACUUUUUAAUGACCCACGGAACGCCAGCCAGAAUCGGCUGUGGGGGGGAAAAAAUGCACAGUGAUUUUAAUGAGUAUUAAUAUUAUCAUUAUUAUAAAAACGCUAAUGGUUUAACUGGAGUAUUAAAUGUCUCGUAUCCAAUGCAUUACAGCAAAGGGUUAAAAAAAAAAUGAAUGCCAACUCCAUAAGCUAAACGUUGCCAAAAA